AUGGCGGAUUAUAGCCAGUGGCAAAGAGAACAGGUGCCGAGAAGACAAAAAUUAAAAUUAUUCCUGCCACCUGCCCUAUCAGCAGGGCUGAAGAAGGAGAAGGAGAAAUCCCUGCAGAAGAUAAAAGACAAGAUUGCAGGUUGGAAAAGGGCUCCAGGCAUGGGCUUGAGAGUCACCUCCUCCUUCAGGCAGAAGAUGGGUUGGCAGCAAGCUAUGACCGAAGAAAUAGCGAAGGCAAAGAGUCUAGAGAACAUCAAAAUCCUGCAGCGGCUUUCGAAGAGCAAGAUGACCAGUCUGGAAGAGUUAAAGCAUCAUUCCCAGAUGCUCCUGGAGAAGAACCAGGACCUUAUGCAGAACAUCCAGGAAACGGAAGCCGAUUCUGCCAAGCAAGCGAGUUGCCUUCUGCAGCAGUAUGACAUGUUUGGGCGCAUCAUUGCGACUCUUCGCGACUCCAAUCAGAACCAUGUCGGCGUGGCCAGAGCAGAACUCAAAGCAGUGGAGAAGAUGGUGGAGAAUAAGACAGGAAAACUGGACCUGGAGCUGAAACGGGUCAACAAUAAGGUGCACUCCUUCCAGGAAGAGCUGAACGUCCUGCGAACGUACAUGGACAAGGAGCACCCCUUGAAAGCGGUCCAGAUCGCGUCUCUGCUGCGCAGCAUCCGGAACCUGAAGGAGGAGCAGCAGGAUGAACUGGAAGACACAGAAGACCUGGCCAGGCGCUUCCUGGAAACCUUGGCCGGGAAAGCGAGGGAAGAGCGGGAGCGCAUCUUACAGACCGUGGCUGACAAGACGCUGCUGCAGUAUCAGGGCGGCCUUGAGCAAAUGCACAGGAACAACAGGGAACUGGAAAGACAGAUCAAAACCCAAAAGGAGGUCAUCGAGGACCUGUUGAAAGAAAUCAGGGAGCUGCACAAGAGCAUCACCACCCUGCACCACGCCCUGGGGGACCCACGCGAAGUGAUUUUUCCAGAUGUCCUCCUGCGCAGACCCAGAUGCACCCCAGAUAUGGAGGUUAUUCUCGACAUCCCUACAGACGAUGAUUUCCCCCUGUAG